AUGUCUUCAGACAACUUAUUUGAAGAUAUAGAACAAGAUAAUAACCCAUCAUUUUAUGGCAAUCCAUCAAUUAUAAAUGAUCCUUAUAGUAAUAAAUCAGCAGCAACCAAAACAACUUCGGAAAAUAACUCAAUUACAACUGAUCCAAGUACGAAUUGUAACAAUUUAAAUAAACCAGAUCAAACAAAUCAACAACAAUCAAAUAUAGUCAAUAGUACAAUUGGAUUAUCAAAGAAAAUAUUGGAGUUACUUAAUGAGCCAGAACUAAGUAUUGAUAUUAUUAAUUCUGAAAAAUUGGUGAAUUCAUCUAUUAUAGUUUAUACCAUUCAAUUAUCGUCAGUCAGUUUAAAUUCUAAAAUAGUAGUUAAAAGAAGAUAUAGUGAAUUUAAAUCAUUAAGAGAUAAUUUAUUAAAAUUAUUUCCGACUUUAAUUAUACCUCCCAUUCCUGAGAAACAUACAAUAUUAAAUUAUUUAUUAAAUUCAAUAAACAACUCCAAUGAAUAUAAUAUAAUAGAAAUGAGAAAAAGAUAUUUUAAGUUAUUUUUAAAUGAUUUAAUAUUUGAUUCUAGUGAAUCAGUAAAAAAUUGUCAACUUUUACAUAAAUUUUUUGAUCCAAAUUAUGAAUUAUGUUGGUAUAAUGCAUUAAAUGAACCACCAGUGAAUUUAAUUCCAAAUAAUUUGUUAUUAGCUAAUCCAAUUAAUCCAACUGAUCAAAAUGGAUUAUAUUCAUUAUUACCAAUUGUUAAUGGAUUUGAUUUUAAUUCACAUAUUGAUAAUUUAAAUAAUUUAAAAAAGAUAAAUAAUGAAUUAUAUAAAUUAAAUGAUCAGAUUAAAUUAUAUGAGUUGAAAGGAUUUGAACAAGAUUUAAAUUUUACAAUACCUGAGGAUUUAAUUAAUUUUGAGAUUAAGUUUCAUCAAAUUAUUAAGAUUUUAACUGAUUUAAAUAAGUUGGAUUUGAAAAUAACUAAAAAUUUCAAACAUUUAAUUAAUAAUUUAAUUGAGUUAGGUGGUAAUUUAAAUAACUUUUCAUUACAAAUUUAUCAACAAAAUUCAAAUACUAAUAAAGAAAAUAAUCAAUUAUCUGAAUCGAUUGAAAAAUUUGGUUCAACAAUGGAUCAAAAUUUCUUAAACUUUGAAAAUUUUGUAUUAAAUCAAUUGAUUCCACAAUGGCAAGAACCAAUAAAUCAAAUGAUACAAUAUCAUUAUACUUCAUUAAACUUGAUAAAGUUCUACAAGUAUAAAAUUAUACAAUUUAAGAUAUUAUAUAAAUUAAAGUUUAACAAGUUUCAACAAUUGAUUAACUUGAGUAAUAUUGGAGGUGCUACAACUACAAAGAUAAAACAUAACGAUGAAGAAGAACAAGAGGAAGAAGAAGAAGAAGUAGUAGUCAAUAAUCUAGACCAUUUAAAAGAUUUAAACAGUCCAACAUUAAACAAUGCAUUAAAGAACUUAUCAAUUAAGAAAAUAUCCAAGAAAUCGUCAUGGUAUGGAUUAUUUGGUGGUAAUAAUAAUACUAAAAAGUUUAAUUUUCAAUUACCAGUGACUGAAGAUAUGGAAAGUUCAUCUUCACAACAACCUCAUGCAUCUAUUAAAUUUAAAUUAGCACAUAUUGAAAAAGAAUUGAAUAAAUUGAAUCAAUUAAUUGAGUUAUGUAGUAAUGAUAUGGAACAAUUAACAAAAGCAUUAAUGAAUACUUUUAAAGAAUUUCUUGAGAAGUUAGAGAAAAAAUGGUUAUUAUUAAUGUUGAAUUAUAUAAAGAAUUGUAAGUUGUUGUUCAGUGAAAAUUUGAAUAAUUGGAAUCAAUUUAAAGAGUUUUUAGUGACUGGUUCAUUUGAAGAAGUAAAUUGA